UCCAAAAUGAACAGAAGUAUAAACGGGGAGAAGGGUGAGCAUUGGAAAUCGAUACCACGCUUGGAUUUGACCAAUCGAAUGGAUCGUCCAGCAGAGCAGCAGAUCAUGGAGCGAGGCUUCUCCAGGAAGGUGGACGUCCCGGACCACGCGCACUACAUCGUGGCGUUCUUCGUGCUGGUCAUCGGCACCGUGGGAGUGGCCGGAAACGCCCUGGUCAUGUACGCGUUCUACAGUAACAAGAAACUGCGGAAUCCGGAUAACUACUUCAUCAUGAACCUGGCGGUGAGCGACUUCCUCAUGGCCAUCAGCCAGUCCCCCAUCUUCUUCAUCAACAGCCUGUACAAGGAGUGGGUGUUCGGUGAACUGGGGUGUAAGCUGUAUGCCUUCUGCGGGGCUCUGUUCGGGAUCACCUCCAUGAUCAACCUGCUGGCCAUCUCCAUCGACCGCUACAUCGUGAUCACCAAGCCCCUGCAGGCCAUCGGGUGGACGUCCAAGCGCCGCACCUCGCUGGUCAUCCUGCUGGUGUGGCUGUACUCCCUGGCCUGGAGCCUGGCCCCGCUGCUGGGCUGGAGUUCUUACAUCCCGGAGGGCCUGAUGACCUCCUGUACCUGGGACUACGUCACGUCCACGCCCGCCAACAAGAGCUACACCCUGAUGCUGUGCUGCUUCGUCUUCUUCAUCCCGCUGGGGAUCAUCUCCUACUGCUACCUCUUCAUGUUCCUGGCCAUACGCCGGACCAGCAAGGAGGUGGAGAGCCUGAGCGGCCAUGUUGGAAAGUCCACUCUGGUCCAGCAGCAGUCCAUAAAGACAGAGUGGAAGCUGGCGAAGAUCGCGUUCGUGGUCAUCAUCGUCUUCGUGCUGUCCUGGGCGCCGUACGCCAGCGUCACGCUGAUCGCCUGGGCGGGGUAUGGCAGUGUUCUGAGCCCGUAUUCGAAGGCAGUGCCAGCGGUCAUAGCCAAAGCCUCUGCCAUCUACAACCCCUUCAUCUACGCCAUCAUUCACUCCAAGUACAGGGAUACGCUGGCAGAGAAAGUUCCGUGUCUGCGUUUCCUGGCCAGCCCCUCCGGGAAGGGGCGUGUGUCGGCCUCGAACAGCGAGUUGUCCCUCCACGCGCCCAUGCUGAGCCGGCACUCCCUCUCAACCAAGACCCCCUACCACCGAGCGUCCUCCAUGUCCACUGGAGACACGGUGUGGAGUGAUGUGGAGCUGGACCCAGUGGACCAGCAGUCCUGGUCCUUCAGGAGCUCCUCCUCCUCCAGCCUGCUCAGAGAUCAGGGCAAGCUCAGAAGCUGCUCUCCUGUCACUGAGGAGCAGGUGUACGCUCCAGCGAGCGCGGGAGUGUGUAGCCUUGACUACGGCUUGGUGUCUGGGUCCGUCAGCCUGACGACCGUUUCCAUGCUGGUCGGGACGAGGGGGGGGCCGGCGGCGGGGUGUCGGGAUCGGGCGCAGCCGAAUGAUUUGGGCGGGACAGGCGAGGGGGUCGAGAGUGCCAGGGGCUCUCCUAAUGUGGAGCGGGACCCCCCCAUAGACCCUAACGUCCCGCGCGUUACGGCCGUUCACACCCCAGAGAGGCGUUCAAUUGGUGAAGCCAGCCACCAGGAGGCCCGGGCGGGGCUGGUCACCUGUGAGGCUGCUCACCUGCUGAGGGACCUGCAGAACUUACACUGCUCCUCCCAGCUGCUGGAGUCUGUGGAGAACUUACACUGCUCCUCCCAGCUGCUGGAGUCUGAGGAGAACUUACACUGCUCCUCCGAGCUGCUGGAGUCUGUGGAGAACUUACACUGCUCCUCUAAGCUGCUGGAGUCUGAGGAGAACUUACACUGCUCCUCCGAGGUGCUGGGGCCUGAAGAGAAUUUACACUGCUCCUCUAAGCUGCUGGAGUCUGAGGAGAAUUUACACUGCUCCUCCCAGCUGCUGGAGCCUGAGGAGAACUUACACUGCUCCUCCGAGCUGCUGGAGUCUGAGGAGAACUUACACUGCUCCUCCAAGCUGCUGGAGUCUGAGGAGAACUUACACUGCUCCUCCAAGCUGCUGGAGUCUGAGGAGAACUUACACUGCUCCUCUAAGCUGCUGGAGUCUGAGGAGAACUCCAUCUGCUAA